CACCUUCUUCUUCUUCUUCUUCUUCGUCCCUUCUUCCAUUUCCCAUACAAAACACAAACAUUAUAAAGCCCAUCCCCUCUUUUCCCAAAAAUCAAAACAACCAAAAAAUAGAAGAACAAGGAGGAAAGAAAAAAAACCAUAUAUAUCAUCAGCAUCAUCACCACAGUAUCUCAUCAGCAUGAGAGCCAGCAACCACUUAAUCGGCCUUCUAAACUUCAUAACCUUCCUCCUUUCCCUCCCCAUCAUCGGCGGCGGCGUAUGGCUGAGCAGCCGUGCCAACACCACCGAUUGUCUCAAGUUCCUCCAAUGGCCCCUCAUCGGCAUCGGCGUCGCCAUCAUGGUCGUCUCUCUCGCUGGUUUUGGUGGCGCCUGCUAUCGCAACACCUUCCUCAUGUGGUUCUACCUCUUUGUCAUGUUCUUCGUCAUCGGCGCCCUCGUAGGCUUCAUCAUUUUUGCUUACGCCGUCACUGAGAAAGGCUCCGGUCGCCCUCUCCCUAACCGUAACUACUUUGACUAUUACUUGCAAGACUAUUCGGGUUGGCUUAGGGACCGCGUGGCCGAUGAUACUUACUGGGGUAAGAUAAGUUCAUGUGUUAGAGACUCGCAAGCUUGCCGGAAAAUUGGUAGAACCAUCUCGGGCGUGCCGGAGACCGUCGAUAUGUUUUACCUUAGACAUCUCACUCCUGUUGAGUCUGGUUGUUGCAAGCCUCCCACAGUAUGUGGAUAUGUAUAUGUGAAUGAGACAAUGUGGGAUUUUGGAGGAGGACUUGUUGGGGCUGAGCCUGAUUGUGGAAGAUGGAGCAAUGACCAAGACCAACUUUGCUAUGCUUGCGACUCUUGCAAGGCUGGGGUUCUAGCCAGUCUCAAGAAGAGUUGGAGAAAGGUUUCGGUCAUUAACAUCAUCGUCUUGAUUAUUCUUGUUAUCUCUUACGUCAUUGGUUAUGCUGCCUUUCGAAACAAUCGUCGUAUUGACAAUGAUGAACCUGCUAGCACUGCUCGUAUGACCAAAUCUAAACCCAGUUGGUUUAACAUUUGAUCCAACCGAUUUAUAAAACUCAUCAUCAAAAUAAAAAAAAAAUGCAUAAUGUACUUUUGUUGUAUGGAACUUAAUUAUUAGUGUUUCUACUUUUGAUUUGUUUAGAAUUCAAUUUGUGUAUAGAAACGAAGCUUAUAUAUAUAUCAUAUUAUUUCUAGAUUAUGAAA